AUGCUCAACAGAGGUAACCCUGAAUGCAUCACUUGGGUGUGGCUGCUAACAGGGAUUGUUGGAAACCUAUUGAUCGUGACAGUUAAUUGUAGGAUCUGGAUCAAAAGUAAAAACCUCUCCUCCUUUGAUAUGAUCCUGUCUAGUCUCUCCAUGACCAGAUGCAUAUGUCUGAGUCUAAUGUGCCUCAAAAUCCCUAACUCAGUUGGUUCCUCUAAGGAGAAUAUGAGGAACAGCACCAUGGUCAGCACCAGUGGCUCCUUCUUCUUUGUGAUGGUCCCUUUAGGAUUGAGCUUCAGCCUCCGGUUUGUCAUCAAUUUGGGUUCCUGUUCCCUGUUAAUCUCUUCCCUGAGGAGGCAUAUGCAGAAGAUGCAGAAAAAUGCCAGCAGCUUUUGGAACCCCCAGACUGAAGCUCAUAUCACAAACUUUGUUCAUCCUGCUUUUAUGUGGCUGAAACACAGGGCCAUGGAGUUUGGAUUCUGUUUCCUUCUGGGGUCACUCCUGGCCACCCUGCUUAUUGCACCCAUUCUGGAACGUAGUAGCAUUCCAAGAAACAUAAGUACCCCAUACCUCCUCUUUGGCCAGCAUUAUAUCCAUAUGUUCUGGUUCAACCUGGGAAGCUUCGUUCCUUUCAUUGUGUUUCUCCUUUCCUCCGGCAUGCUGAUCAUCAGUUUGAGCAGACACCACAGGAGAAUGUUGCACCACUUGGAGGGUAGAAAGGAUGCUCAGACAAAGGCUCAUGUUGCUGCCCUAAAGUCUCUCAUCUCCUUUCUUCUCCUUUAUGUUAUGUACUUCCUGGCUACUCCUUUUUCUAUCAUUUCCAAAUUUCCUCCUGGUAAGCUCACUGAAGUGCUGAUCUCUGAGAUAUUCAUGGCUGCUUACCCCUCCUUUCAUUCUGCCAUUUUGAUUGUGGGGAAUCCUAAGAUGAAACAGCAAUUUCAGAGACUUAUGUGGAAGAUAGUGUGUCUUUGGAGAUCCCAGCAAAUGUGA